GACUCUGCUGACUACUUAAGGCUUCAUCAAGCUGGAUUUGCAAGGUUUUGUCAGGCCUCAUACUAUCUGUUGCUUGUGACUUCAAUUAAAAGUUCUAUGGUUUCCGAGUUUAAGAAGUUGAAUCUGUGACACGACAAGCGUGCGCUUCUGGUCAUCAGGUCACGAGCACGGUCGAGCCUCUGGAAAGUUCCUUAGAAGAUGCUGCCAAGCUUCAAGAGACCCUUGCGGAGAAGAAAGCCCAGGCGGAGAGGUCCAAGGUCAUCGAACAGCGGCUGCUUCAAGAGCAAGCACAGGUGGACAACCUGAAAGCGCGGGCCACUGACCUGGACAAGAGCCACCCAGGCAACGAGCACACCAGACCUGCGAUGGAGGCAGUCUCCCGUUUCGAAGCAGCACGCAAGCGUGCCGAGGGACUGGUUGAGACCACCGAACAGGCGUACCGAAACCACCUCGAUUUCAAGAACGCUUGUGACGAUUUGGUGACCUGGUUGCGCCAGCUCCGAGAAAAGCUCCCCCCAUUCACCCGGUCUCUGAGUGAUCGGCUGAGCCUCGAGACAAGCAUCUCUGUCUUGGAGGAACUGCUUGCCAAACGCGCCGAGGGCAACCUGAAGAUGGAAGCCGUGACCGCCGCUGCCGAGCGUGCCAAAAGCACCACCUCGGAGCCAGGCAUUGGACUGCUGGACAACCAGACGGCGGCGCUUCAGGGAGACCUAACCAGCCUCUUUGACGAGAUCUCGGCCACGAGAGAAAAGCUGGGCACGACGUGCUCCCAGUUGAGGGAGUUCCGGGAGGAGUAUGAGCACGUGAGCGAGUGGCUGCAGCUCAUGGAGGAUGACAUCAAAAACCAGAGGACCCUACUGUGGCCCACGCUGCAGGAGAAGAAAGUGGCUUUCGACAAGGCUCAGGGUCUGGUGGAGGAGCUGGAGAAGGGCCACGAGGCACUGGACAGGGUGACCCUGCUGGCCCAGGGCCUGCUCACCUCCCACCUGGACACCUACAUCCGCAACCAGCUCACCCUGGUCAGCUCUCGCUACCAGGUCUCCCUCAACCUUGCCAAGGACAUGCUGAACAGGGCCAAGGAGAACCACGACCAGCACGAACAGUACAGGGCGGCCGCAGAAGCUGCCCGCAACUGGAUGGAGACCACGGCGGCCGCCGUGUCUCAGUGCUCGGGGGCUGCCAGUGGCAAGAAUGAGGUCGAGAGCCAAUUGGCCAAGGUUCAGGGCAUGGUGCGCAAGCAGGAGGAGGGCCACGCCCUGCUGCACACAGCCCUCACCUCCGGGGAGAAGGCCCUGCGGGGCACCCACAGUUCGGGCAAGGGCCCCCUCAGCCAGGAGUUGCAGGAGCUGCAGAAGCAGUGGGACCGCCUGGUGCUCAAGCUUUCGGACGCCAAGGUUUCACUGGAGACGGCCCUGCUCCAAUGGACAGACUACAGCUCAUCUGAGAAGCGCCUACUCCAGUGGAUCGAGGACCACGACCACCAGCUGGAGGAAGUGAAAAAGCCCAAGCAGUCUACAUCGGUCAAGGAGUCCGUGGCUCAGCGAAAGGCCAGGCUGAGGAGGGCCAACAGCUUAGUACAAGACGUCGAAUCGUUCGAACCGAUGAUAGAAUCCCUGACCAUCAAGGCACAGGAACUGCAGCAGACGGCGGCUGCCCCGUGCCCCGAGAUUUCACAGAAGUACAGCUCUCUUGCGGGUUCCGUUAAGGAAUUCUUGAGGCAUCAGAAGUCUGUGAUGGGUCACCUGCAAGAGUUUACGGAUGCCUGCACCAGCCUCACCACCUGGCUCGAGCAGGCCCAGGAGAAACUGAACAAGUGUGCCGAGCCGUCGGGAGACCGCGCCGAGCUCAAGAGCAAGCACGGCAUUUUAAAGGUCUUGGAAGGAGAACAGGAGGAGGGCCAGAAGCGCCUGCAGCUGGUGCUCGCGCUGGCCGAGACGGCCCGCGGAUUCCUGGAGGACAGUCAAGAGCGGGAACACGUGGACGAAGAGGCUGGACGACUCGUCAGCGCCGUGGAGGACUUCGAGAGCCGCAUGUCCCAGGUGAAAUCCCUGCUGGACGUUGGGCUGGUCAAGUGGGACGAGUACGAGGAGCAGUUCCAGCGCUGCCAGGACUGGCUGAACAAGCACGAGCCUCAGGUGCGCUCGUUCCAGCAGCUCCAGCCGGACCUGGAGGCCAAGAGGGUCAAGCUGGAGGAGUUCCAGGUGCUGCUCCAGACGGUGUUUGAGUGGCAGUCCGAGUUCGACACGCUGAACCUGAAGGCCCAGCUACUGCUGGAGACGUACUCGGACUCGAGCAUCUGCAACCUGUUCACCCAGCUGUCUGCGCGCUACACGAGCCUGCUGUCGCUGGCGAAGGAGGUGCUGCACGCCCUGGAGCAGCACUUCCAGGAGCACCAGCAGCAGCAGUGCAUGUACGCCGAGGUCUCGGAGCUGCUCGAGGGGGCCCAGGAGCGCCUGCACGAGCUCCAGAAGCCCUCGGCCACCCUGGAGGAGGCCGAGUCGAGGCUCAGGGGUCUCGACCUGCUCUGGGCCACGCUGCAGCAGGGACGCAACAAGGUGUCGUACAUGACAGAGCUGACCGAGAAGGUCAUCGAGAACACCUCGGCCGAGGGCGUCAAGACGAUCCGCGAGAGCGCCGACAACACGAGCGCCGAGUUUGACAGGCUCCUCAAUGAAGUGGCCGCCGCCCGCUCCAAACUCUCGGAACAGCUCUCUGCCCUUGGAGAGCUCUCCCAAGAGUUCCAGCAGUUCAGGUCAUGGCUGAACGAAGCCCAGUCGCAGCUGGCCGAAUCCAAAGCCGGCAGGGAACGCGCUUCCGGCACGAUGGAGAAGAGAGCACUCCUGGAAAAGACCAAAGCAAUCGCAUCCGACGCUGCAACGCGCGCCGACGCCGCCGACCGUCUAGAGAAACGGCUAGCCGACACUCCGCAGCUUGCGACGCAGGAGCGCCGCGAGGCGCUCACCCAGUUUCGCGAGCUGCGGAAGUCUGCCGAUGAUGCGGUCCGGGAACUAGAGGCGGAGCUGGAAUCACUGGACCGUCAACGGGCCGUCCAAUCGCAAGCCGCGCAGUGGCUGAAGGAGGCCAAGCUGAAGCUGCAGAAGUGCGCAGACGGCACGGGGAGCCAGGCCGUGGUGCGGGAGAAGGCCGCACAGCUGAAGAAGCUGAAGGACGGCGCCGAAGCGGGCGUCGCGCUGCUGGAAGAGGCGACGCGACUGACGGAGCAGGCAGCGCCUUGCCUGAACCAGGCGGGAAGGGAGCGGCUGCAGGCGGGGCUGCUGGAGUUGCACGAGGACCGGGAGCAGCUGGAGCGGGGCAUGCGGGACGCGCAGGAGGCGCUCGACGAGUGCCUGGCCUGCUGGGACCGCUUCGGCGAGCUCUACAACAACAUGGCCCAGUGGCUGGCGGCAUUUGAGAGCAACGCCAAGCCGGUGUUGGCGUCGACCGCGCUCGACGGGGCCCAGCUGAAGAGUCUGAAGGCCCUUCUGGAGGAGGCGUCUUUCCACAAGCCCGAUAUGGAGGAAUUGAACGAGCAGUGCGAGCGGCUCUUGCUCGUCAGCGCGCAGACCUCCGUGCGAGAUCAAGCCGUCAAGUUGUCCACAACGUAUGCAUCUUUGGUUGCAGCACUCCAGGACUCAAUUGCCAGGCUACAGAGAAGCCUAGGCAGCCAGGAAGAGUUUGACAAGGCCAAGCAGGGCUUUGUCCACUGGUUGGAAGAAGCCCAGCGGUCCCUAAACUCUGCCAGGGAGCCCGGUGGAGAUCUGGUGACUGUUCAGGAACACCUGGCGGAGCUAAAGAAACUGCAUCUAAGUCUUCCCGAGGGCAAACAGCUCCUAGAUGCCGCCACAGAGGCUGCCAGCCGCACGUUGGGCGACCUGUCCGACGUCAGCCAGGCCCCCAUCCGAGCACAGGUGGACGCUCUGCGAGACCAGCUGACGGCCUUGGGCCAGCAGACGAGUGAAGCCACCGGACGACUGGCCUCCCUGCAGUCUCGGUGGCAGGAGCUCAUCAACGGCACGAAUGCCCUGAGGUCUUCGCUGCAGAAUUCCCAGGAAACGCUCAAGGAGAAGCCGGUGUCCGGCGGAGACCUCGUCCGCAUCCGCUCUCUUCUCGAGCAGUAUAAGCACACUGCACGUGACUUGGAAGAACAGAGUCACAAGUUGCAAGAACUUCGCAUUGAGGCCUCGGAACUGGCGGAGAAAACGGGCGGUAAAGACGUCUCUCCAGGGUUGCAAGAAAUGGCCGAUCAACUGACAUCGCUACAAAAGAAAUGCCAGGAAAUUCUGGAGUCCCUAGAGGAGGAGCUUCAUGAGGCUCAAAGUUACAACAAGGCGCUGCAGGAGACGGAGAAGUGGCUGCUGCAGAUGUCCUUCCCGGUCAUGGCACAGCACUCCCUGCAGGUCCUCAACAGGCAGCAGACCCAGGAGCAGCUCGACAAGUACAAGGGCAUCCUGGCCGAGGUGAAGCAGUACCAGUCCACCCUGGACGAGGUCAAGGCCAAGGGUCGGCGACUGGUGAACCGCUACCGCAAGGACUCUCCCCAGCUGGAGCAGCAGGUCCAGUCGCAGCUGGACAACAUCCAGGAGAGCUACGACGCACUCCUCGCAGGGGCCGUCCAGGUCGAGGCUCGCCUGGAGAGCGCCCUGCAAAAGUUUGUGAGCUACGAAACGACGCUCGACGUCUGCGACUUGCUGCUGGCCGAGCUGGAGCCCAAGAUCGCGCAGUUUGCCGACGACACGCCCAAGACGCCGGAAAGAACCAAGAUCAAGCUGGAAACGUGCAAGGGUCUGAUGUCCCAGCUGGUGAAUGCGAGGGUUCAGCUGCAAGAGGCCAUCCAGGCAUGUGUGGAGGCCGUGUCUUCGGUGAGCAGGCCGUCCAGUCCUGAGCUGGGCACCAUGUUCAGCAUGCCCGAGCAAGAGGCUAGCAUCAAAAUUCGGCUCCAGGACAACAUUGAACAGCUGGAAGUGCACGUGAGCCAGCUGGAGGAGCUGCUGCGGGGCUUUGAGGAGGCCGGCCGGCAGAGGACCGCCCUGGAGGACUGGCUGACGGAGAAGCAGUCGGCCGUCUCGCAGCUGGCCGCCUCCCGACUGACCCCUCAGCCGCUGCUGCUGCAGUCCCAGCUCAGGCAGCUGGACGACAUAAAGCAAGAGGUUUCUGAAAAGUUGACAGCCGUGGAUGCCCUAGAGCUCAAGUCUGGGCUGCCAGGUCCCAGCGAGGCCUCCCUUCGGGAUCGGCUGCAUCAGCUGGAGGCUCAGGUUGCUCAGGUGGCCAGCAUGAGGACAGCCCAGCUGGAAACCUUGGAAGAGUAUGGCUCGCUGGCAAGUCAGGUGGAGACCAGGCUUGCCGCGGUGGAGUCUUCUCUGGAGACGACGCAUCGGCCAGCGGUGGCAGAUGCCAAGCAGCGCCUGCAGAUGCUCAACGUGUUGCUGGACGAGGUCAAUGGCAUUGGCGGCAACGUGGCUGAGCUGAGAGGAAAGAUGGCCGUGUUGACUAAGUGUCUCGAACCAGCUGACAAGGCCAAGUGUGACGACCAGCUCAAGUGCCUCGAAGGGAAGUGCGAAGAGCUGCGGAAGCGCGUGCUUCGGCGAACCAAGAGUCUGGAUUUGAUCCAGUCGGGGCUGGACGGCCUCUACUCGGAGGCAGCAUCCACGGAGCAGUGGCUGCGGGAGAAGAAGUCUGCCCUGGAGCAGCUCCCAAACCCGGGAUACCAGAGCACCAACGUGGAGGCAGCUCUCCAGAGGAUAAAGGCGGAGCAGCGCGAAGUGGAGAACAAGCGUGCCGUGGUGCAGGACUUCGAGAAGCGCAUAGAGUCUCUCUCGCACGAGCUGGACAGCCUGGACGCCCAGCAGCUGGAGCAGACCCUGGGAGACCUGCGGGCCCAGUUCUCGGACCUGCAGUCCCUGCUGGUCUCGCGCGCAGACGACCUCACGGCCCUGCUAGGCAGCGCCUGCCAGCUGGACGACGAGCUCGAGAUCGUGCGCCAGUGGCUGCGCGAGAAGGAGCAGGACCUGCGUCGCAUCGGGACCCCCGCCGAGGACAAGGCGGAGCUGCGGAACCGCCUCGAGUCCGUCCAGGCCAUGGAAAAAGAGGUGAAGUCGUUCGAAGAGGGCAGACUGGCCGCCCUGGUGCGCCACGGCAAGGGGCUGGAGUCCAGCUGCGAGCCGAACGAUUGCACUGCCCUCCAGAAGUUGGUGCAAGGUGAACGUCUUUCCACUAGUCAAACAAUUUCGAAUUCUUUAGUCAAACAAUUUCAAUUUCUUUAG